CACUCAGAACCAAUAGAAUUCAACAUUUGAAGGAAGCGUUGGUGUGAUGGUACUGUUUGUUGUGUAGGUUAUUCCUAUUAGAUAAUGGCGGAAUAUUUGGCUUCGAUAUUUGGUACAGAAAAAGAUAAGGUAAAUUGUUCAUUUUAUUUCAAGAUCGGAGCAUGUCGGCACGGAGACCGAUGUUCACGAAUACACAACAAACCUACGUUCAGUCAGACUGUUCUGAUUCAAAAUCUGUACCAUAAUCCCCAGAACUCUGCCCAGUCAGCCGAUGGAUCACAUUGGAGCUCUACAGGCAAUGAAAUACUGUGCAUGACUGGCCAAAGAACAUCAGGAUCUCAUCCAGGUCUUAUUUUCUCUGCAACAUAAAUAAAUAAAUAAGAAUUAGUAUAAAUUAGCUGUAGGAAAUUAUUUAUUAAAGUUUGUUUUUACAUAUACUGGAGAUUUGACUGACAGUUUUGGAUUUGUUGUUGAAAUAAGAAUGUUUUGUGGUGAUUAUAAGUCGAAAUGUUUUUUCUUUUUUUUUACAAGAUGGGCAUUCCAUUUUUUU